AUGACACAUAGAAUUAAUGAUCAAAAAUUAAUUGAAGAUUUUAUUCAAUGGUCAAUAAAUAUUGUCGUUCAUAAAAAUGAAAAUUUUAAAUUGGUUCAUACGCAUUCAUUACUAUGGCCAUCAAAGAAAGAUGAUAAACGACAAUUACCUAUUGUCAGAAGUGGAUGUAAUACAUCAGUUACAUCAAAUGUAAAACAAACUGAAUAUAUGAAUCAUCUAUUGAUUACAAAACAUAAUAGACUAUACGAAUUGAAGACACGUUUUUGUCGAGUUUGUCAAAUAACAACUUGUUUAUUAAUUGAUAUACAAUUGACAUUACGUAUUUCAAAACUAAUUCUCACAAAACAAGCUCGUAAAGUUUAUUAA